GUGGCGUUCAACUCGCAAAGUGAGACGAGAGAAAGAGAAAGAACGAGUCACAACUCGCAACUCAGAACUCAGUAACAAAAGAAGAAUCACGUGAUUCUCCCGAAUUCCAAAAUCCAAACCUUGACGAAACGAAAUCCAAUUCAUUCGUUCAUCUUCUCCGAGAGGUUGCAGAGAGGUCUACCAUGGGAUCUCCCAGUGGACUAGCCACAGUGCAAGGGAGACAACCUCUAUUUUCUUUUGGAUUGAUUUCUGAUGUCCAAUAUGCUGACAUCCCCGAUGGUCGCUCGUUCCAUGGGGUUCCGCGGUAUUAUAGGCAUAGUAUUCUUGUUUUGCAGAGAGCAGUUAAAGAAUGGAAUGCUCUUCAGAAGCAUAAGUUUGUGAUGAACUUUGGAGAUAUAGUUGAUGGGAAUUGUCCAAAAGAUCAGUCUCUUAAUGCUGUAAAGAAGGUUGUUGAUGAAUUUGCGAGGUUCAGGGGACCCGUAUAUCAUAUGAUUGGCAAUCACUGCCUGUACAAUCUUCCUCGCAGCAAGUUACUUCCAAUAUUGGAGAUCCAAAGUAUUGAUGAUGGAUGUGCUUACUAUGAUUUCUCGCCAGUGCCAGAAUAUAGAUUUGUAGUUCUGGAUGCCUUUGACAUCAGUGCUGUUGGUUGGCCUAAAGACCAUCCAAGAACAUUGGAGGCCUUGAAGUUUCUGAGGGAGAGGAAUCCGAAUAAAGAUAAGAACAGUCCAAGAGGGUUGGUGGGCCUUGAAAGAAGGUUCCUUAUGUUCAAUGGAGGCAUUGGAAAGGAACAAAUGGAAUGGUUGGACAGGGUUCUUCAGGAUGCAAUGAAAUUGAAACAGAAGGUGGUGGUAUGUUGCCAUGUGCCUCUGGAUCCUGGUGCGACGGAUUACGAGGCAUUGUUGUGGAAUUACGAUGAAGUGAUGGAUGUGAUACACAGGUACAAUUGUGUGAAGGUUUGUCUUGGAGGACAUAAUCACAGAGAUGGGUAUUCCAUUGACUCUCACGGAGUCCAUCAUCGAGUUUUUGAAAUUGAGAGUAUAGACAUGCAAUUUUAAUCCUGAUGGGGAUUUGUAAAUACAAUGUAUUGAUGUUAAGAAGAAUAAUAGUAGUUUAGUGCUGAUUUAUAGAGUGAUCUUGUUUGAGUCCUUCCCACAGGGAAUUUUCUAUUGAAAGAAGGUGACCCUGCCAUGGUUUGUUUUUUCAGAGGCAAGGAUGCAACCUGCACAAGCAGUAAGCAUGAUUGAAGGUUGCCUUAGACAUUAUUUAUCUUUGAAAUGUAAUUGCUGUUGUAAAACUAUUACA